AGGGUGCUUCCGUCUCCGGUGUCAUGGCGGCGUCGUCCGCUGAAGGCGUGCCGGAGACCCAGGACGGGAAAAGACGGCAGUUCGGGAACCGGUUCCUGAGCGACCCGGCGCGGGUCUUCCACUACAAUGCCUGGGACAAUGUGGAGUGGUCAGAGGAGCAGGCCGCGGCGGCCGAGAGGAAAGUGCAGGAGAACAGUUCGCAGCGGGUGUGCCCGGAGAAGCAAGUUGAUUAUGAAGUCAAUGCCCAUAAAUACUGGAAUGACUUCUACAAAAUUCAUGAAAAUGGAUUUUUCAAGGAUAGACACUGGCUUUUUACUGAAUUCCCUGAACUGGCACCUAGCCACGAUCACCUGAUGGAUUUACCCUUGGAGAGGCAGAAGAGUGAGGUCUCUAAAUGCAGAAGCAGCGAGGAUGGGCCUGGCUUGACAACAGAGCAGCACAGGUGUUCUUGUCCCAGCCAUGGAUGUGAAACUCAGCUGCCUCCUGUGGAAGAGACUGUAAUUCAGAAGCUCGGGCACCUAGAAAUGUGUGCUGAUGAAUUUCCUGGAUCCUCAGCCACCUACCGAAUACUUGAGGUUGGUUGUGGUGUAGGAAAUACAGUCUUUCCAAUUUUACAAACUAACAAUGACCCAAACCUCUUUGUGUACUGCUGUGAUUUUUCUGCCACUGCUGUUGAACUGGUCAAGACAAAUCCAGAAUAUGAUCCUUCUCGAUGUUUCGCCUUUGUUCAUGAUCUGUGUAAUGAAGAUCAAAGUUACCCAGUGCCCAAGGACAGUCUUGAUGUCAUCGUCCUUAUAUUUGUUCUUUCAGCAAUUGUUCCAGACAAGAUGCAGAAAGCUAUCAACAGGCUAAGCAGACUCCUGAAGCCUGGAGGGAUGAUGCUUCUUCGAGACUACGGCCGCUAUGACAUGGCUCAGCUUCGUUUUAAAAAAGGUCAGUGUCUCUCUGGGAAUUUCUAUGUGAGGGGUGAUGGCACCAGAGUCUACUUCUUCACACAAGAUGAGCUGCAUGCUCUCUUCACCGCUGCGGGUCUGGAAAAGGUGCAGAACCUGGUGGAUCGCCGCUUGCAGGUGAACCGAGGCAAACAGCUGACCAUGUACCGAGUCUGGAUUCAGUGCAAAUACAGCAAGCCUCGCCUGCCCAGUGCCAGCGGAGAGGUGUCCACACCUCGCACAUGAGGUCAUCAUGUUUUAGGGCUUUUAUAAGGAAACGUCUGUAAACGGCAGCUUGUUGAUGGUGGACAGUCUGGGAAUCCAAGGAGCUCAGACCUUAAACCAGGAACAGUUACUUUCUAUUAACAUUAACAAUUGUGGUUUUUAAUUGUGAAACCCAUUAAUAUAUACUUUCUCAAGUUCAUUUUUUUAUGAUUAUUGUUACUAUUAUUUAGUGGGGACAAUGCUGUGAUAAAAGUGUGGUAUUCAGAGGACAGCUUGCCUGAGUCAGUUCUCUCCUAUAUGUUGGUCCUGGGGUUCAAACUCAGGCUUGGCUGCAAACACUCUUGAGCUUUUUCCCAGCCCUCAGUUUUUGUUUUUUGGGUUUUUUUUUUUUUUUUUUUUUUUUUAAAGAUUUAUUUAUUACGUAUAGUGUUCUGUCUGCAUGUAUGCCUGCACGCCAGAAGAGGGCACCAGAUCUCUUUAUAGAGCGUUGUGAGCCACCAUGUGGGUGCUGGGAAUUGAACUCAGGACCUCUGGAAGAGCAGCCAACACUCUUACCCUCUGAGCCAUCUCUCUAGCCUUAGGCACUCAAAUUUUUAAUACCUAGAAUUUUAUGUAUAGGAAACAUACUCUGCAACCAAAAAUGGCCUUGAACUCCUGCCUUCACAUUGUGAGCGAUAAGGUUAAAAGUGUUUGCCAACACAUUUGUUUUAGGAGAUAAGAAUAAAAACCAAGGGACUAGAGAGAUGACUCUCAACAGUUAAGAGCACUGGCAGCUCUUCCAUAGGACCUGGGUUCAAUUCCCAGCAGCUCACAGCUAUCUGUGGCUCCAGUUACAGGGGCCAGACAUCCAUGGCAAAACACCGAUGCACAUAAAAUAAAAAUAAAUAAAUUUUUUUAAAAAGAAUAAAAAACAAGAUUGGCCAAGCAUGAUGGCUCACAGCUGUAAUCUCCACAGGUGGAACACUGAGGCAUAAGGAUCCCUGUAAGAUCAAGGCCAGCUUGGACUAUAAUGUGAAACUGUGUCUCAGAGGAUUGAGAAGAUGGCUCAUUGAUAGAGCACAUGUUUAGCAUGCACAAGCCCUAGAGCCAGAGGCAUGGUAUUAUGUAACUGAUCCCAGUACAUGGGAGUCUGAGAUAGGAGAAUUGCCUUAAGUUCAAGGCCAGCCCAGGCUACAUAGUGAAAGCCUGUUUCGACACACACACACACAGACACACACACCAUGAGACAAUGCUGUAUAUUUAACACAAAAGAUGUGUUAUUGUAAAAUGCUUUACAAGUUUUUGGGAACUCCAGUGUCUGUUGGAGCAGUUGUAGUUGAUAUAUAAGGAUUUGCUGCUGAGUCUUAAGGGAAGAAACAACCUGAUAAGUAACUGUUUUGGCAUGUUUUUCUUAGAAUUUUGAAAUGCUAAGUAAUCCUAGUACUCAACUGAUGCUUGUUAAGUGCUAGCCUGGGCUAUGUGGCAAGACCCUGUCUCAAAAUGUAUAUAUUAUAACCUUGGUACGUAAUUACUUCUAGACCUUUAAAGUCUUGCAUCCCUUGAAUUUUCACACUUCACAUUCCAGACUGUCUUAGUUAAGGUUUCUAUUGCUGUGAAGAGACACCAUGACCACAGCAGCUCUUAUAAAGAAAACAUUUAAUAGGAGUGCCUUGCUUACAGUUUCAGAGGUUCAGUUCAUCAUCAUGAUGGAGAUGUGCAGGCAGAAGUGGUGCUGGAGUAGUAGCUGAGAGUCCUACAUCUUGCAAGCAACAGGAAGUCAGCUGAGACACUGGGAGGUAUCCUGAACAUAAAAAACCUCAAAGUCCACCCCCACAGUGACACACAUCCUCCAACAAGGCCACACCUCCUAAUAGUGCCACUCUCUACGAGAUUAUGGGGGCCAAUUACAUUCAAACUACCACACAGACUCCCUAAAGAAUUAAAAAAGUUCCUUCACUUAAAUACUUGCUUCAGUAGCCGUUAGAGAACAACUUACUAUGUCCCUUCACUUGAACGUGGUCUUCAUCCAUAGGGUUUCUGUUUGCCUCCCUUUUGGUUGUGCAGGCAUUGAUAGGAUAUGUUCGUGAUUUUAACAAAUAAGCAAUUUUCAUUUCAGGUGUUUCAACUGAAAUGUUCCCAUAAUUGCCUCACUGUUGUGUCUGUUCCCAUGGCAAGACAGGUAUCUUUUCAGGAAAUCUAAAUGUUUGGAAAAUGGGGCUACUUUCCAUAAGGAAAAGCAGGAAGGUUUAAAGGCAGGCUGAGUGUGGUGGUGCACACCUGUCAUUCUGACAUUUGGGAAGUUGAGACAGGAGGAUUGAAUCAAGGUCAUCCUCUGUUAUACUUUAAAAAAAAAAAAAAAAAAAAGAUUAAGCUGAGAACGUAGCUCAGGAAUGAUCCAAACUUCUAGAAAAGUUUGGUGUGAGAACACUGGGCAUGGUGGCACAGACUCAUUCCCAACAGCUCCCUCUCUGAAAGCUAAGGCAGGAGGAUUGCCAGCUGCACAACCUACACCCUCUCUCAAACAUAAAAGAUCUGAUGACACAAGUCAGUGCUAGAGUGCUGGGCAUCUUUAAAACCAUAGGUUCAAUCCACAGUAUUUCCCCAAAAGAAGUUUUCUAUAGUGUACGAGGCAGGUCACAAGGGGAGAUGUUACAGCUCUGUGUAUUUUAAUGUAUAAUUUGUCCAACUGAAAACAUCACCUCCUUUACCACAAAUAUGUCUCUCACGGGUAGAAACACAUGGUGACUUUCCUACCAUUCAGGCCUUUCUGAUGUCCUCAGCACACAAAAACUAACUGUGUGCAGCUGAAUAGGUAUGCUUAGGUUACCUCCAGCCUGGAGCAGGUCUCGCUUCCCUGACCUUGGCAUUGUAAGAUUACAGGCUACUUUGUAAAUUUUCAGGCCAGCUUUGCUCCUGUUUCCUUAAGAGUCAGUUCAGCUUAGUCCUGUGGGCAGGAAGAAAAGUGAUUCAUGUUCUGCUGCAUUGUACUUGGUUAUAAGUACCUCUUAAUAUCCCCACUAUUGGGGCUGGCAAGAAGGCUCAGCAGGUUAAGGCACUUGCUACCAAGCAUGACAACCUGAGUUUAGUCCUCAGGACCCACAUGUGGAAGGAGAGAACCGAUGUGUGCUAUGGCAUGUGGGUAACCUCAGACACACACCAAAAAAAUAAAUGUAACUUUUGAAAUCUC